GGAGAGAGACAAGCUGGAAAAUCUCCCGGGUCCACUGGCGUCUGAUCUGGCUCUACACGCCUUACACCUGUCCUUCAACUGUCUGAAGAACCUGACUCAGGUUGUUGGAGUUCUUCCGAAGGUUUCCCACUCCUCACUGAUCUCGCUGCAUGCGGAUCACAACUGCUUGAGGGCCAUCCCGUCUGACUGUUUUGCGGGACUGAGCAACCUGGUGUCCUUGCACCUGAACAAUAACUCCAUUGCUGAACUUCACGACGGCAGUUUUUCCGGCUUGGGGAGGAGUCUGGAGAUCAUUGAACUUACCCACAACAACAUACGAAACAUCACAGCGAAGAUAUUUCGACAACUCCGUCGUCUUCAGGAUCUGAAGCUCGGUGAUAACCAGAUAGACUACAUCUCACCGGGAGCUUUCCGGUCUCAACAGGCACUUGUCUCGCUUGACCUAUCAAACAACAACUUGAAAACCCUCCCAGAUCUGGCGUUCCAGGGCCUCACUGCUGUUUAUGACAUCGCUUUAGAUCGCAACCGUUUUCAGUCCAUCCCAGUCAGCAGUCUGGAGUACCUUACAUCUAUGAGACGCCUGGAUUUGGAAUACAACAACAUCUCUAGCGUGCACAGCAAUCUGUCAAAACUCAAGACUAUCGACUUUCUGUACCUCUCAAACAACUACAUCACCAGCUUCAAUGAGAACGCCUUGGAUGACUUGCACUCAAUUCAACAUCUGUGGCUGAGAAACAACAAACUGCAGACCUUGCCGCGCAAAAUCAUCUCCAAGAUCGGUGCCUUGACGUUCGGAUCGACAUUUGAGUCUGGAAUGACGCGCAACCCUUUCAGCCACAACCCCUGGCUGUGCGACUGCCGGUUGGCUCCCCUCGUGGUGCUGACCCACACAAUGGAAAACUCCGUCACAACGUUUGAACAUCUGACGCUCAACUGCUCGGGGCCGCCGGAGCUGCGGGGAAUGCUACUUGUCGACAUUUCAACGACGUCUCUGAAAUGUGACAAUACUCCCGAAGUGUGCUAUCAAGCACCAGGCCUUAAUGUCUCCAGGGACUGCUCAUAUUUACAGCAGCGCAUGCGCGAGAUGAUCACAACCUCGACCUGUGUAUUGAACACAAGCAGAUGUGAAGUGUGUCCUCGUGACUCGUACGGCCGCCAUGACACCAGCACCAGCUGUGAGCGCUGCCCGCUCUUCUCGACCAGCGCGUUCGGCAGCCAGUCUGCGGGCGCCUGUCAGUGUUGGGAGGGUUACACGUGGAACAGGGAGACGGCCACAUGUGAAGCCUGUCCUGCAGGGUUCUACAAGCCGGCCGUGGGUCAAGACGAUUGCGUCAUCUGUCCCGAAGGCUCCUCCAGCCGCAAAGGAUCUAUGGAGUGCGAGUGCAUGCCGGGAUACACAUUCGUACAAGAUGAGCCUGUGACUACCUGUAUAAUGACGACUGUUUCUCCCAGUGUGCUUGUCUUAACAAUUCGGAGCGAUGAUGAGUCAGAUCAGCUCCUGGCAGUGGGGAUGGGGACCUUUCUCACCAUCACAUUUAUCGUGCUGGUGAUCGGCGCACUCAUCAAGCGCUGCUCCAAGGGACAGAGGAACAUAGAUGAGAUGUCCCUGCACUCCUUGCGUUCAGACUUCCCGUCCCAACUGACGGACACGGUGUACAUGAAAUGGGAGUUCCCUAUCCGCAAGCUGAACUUUGGGAAGGUUGUCGGACAGGGUGCGUUCGGCAAAGUGCACCACGCCAUCGCCCACGACAUCGACGGGAAACCAGGGCCUGUUCCAGUCGCCGUCAAGACUCUAAAAGACGGCGCCACGCUAGAGGAGAGGGAGAUCUUACAGAAGGAGCUGGACCAACUCAUCUACGUCGGCAGCCAUCCCAACGUCAUCAGGCUGCUGGGGGCGUGCAGCAGACGGGGGAAUCUGUGCAUCAUCAUGGAGUACGCCAUGCACGGGAACCUGCGAGAGUUCCUGAAGGCUCGGCACCUGGUCAGCGAUCUGGAGGGCGACCGUCAGCUGUGCGCUAAGGGCUCGGGCGUGCUACGGGAUGCAGACCUGCUCAAAAUGGCGCUGGACGUGGCGAGGGGGAUGACUCAUCUGGCAUCUCUGAAGUGCAUUCAUCGCGACCUGGCAGCACGAAACAUUCUGGUGUUGGACGGCGGUGUGGCCAAAGUGUCCGACUUUGGUCUGGCCAGAGAAGCGAAGGAGAACCAAUACUACUUCAAGGAAACCAAGGAUGGCCGCAUGCCGUUUAAAUGGAUGGCACCAGAGACACUGCUGUCCGGCAGAUACACCAGCAAAAGUGACGUGUGGUCGUUUGGCGUGCUGCUGUGGGAAAUAACCACCCUGGGGAGCAGCCCGUAUCCUGGGAUACCCACAGACAAGAUCGUGACACUGGUCCUGAGAGGGUACCGCAUGGGGAAACCGCCCAACUGCCCACAGGACAUAUUCGACAUGAUGAAGAAGUGCUGGAGACACACGCCCGCUGAGAGGCCGACCUUCCGUGACCUGAGGGAUACUUUGGAGAAACUCCUGCAGUGCCCGUCCGACGGCAAGAACAGAAAGGUGUCCACAGGACGGCGGCAGGUCCAGCAGAAGACCAAACCGUGCGUGGACUGCUGCCUGGGGGAGCACGGCAGCGCCCUCUGUCGGGCGCCUACCGACAGUGCAGAGCAGCUCGACGUUUCGUGCACAAAUUCAUCAAAAGCAUGAAAGGUUUCAUUGACCUUUGCAUACUUUGUCACUACAGCACUUAUAUAUGCUGCAAUGGGCAACAAUGAUAACAGAGAGCAGUAACGUGCGUACAAUGUAUACAUCCAUGCAAUAAUAGACCAUUUCUAAUGCCUGCGCAUUAUUUUGAAAAAGACUGGUUCAGGUUUUUAAGUAGCAGUAUUACUAGUAGUGUUGAUGACCAAGGUUUCCAAGCAGUGCCUGUCUUGUCAAGUAACUUCUUCUGCAAGUACUCCAGGAUUAUGUCAGCUGUGACAAAUUUGUAAUGUACCAAAGAUAUUUAGAUCGUAAGUACAAAAUUUUAUUAUACAAUGUAGUGAUUGCUGGAUUCACGUAUGU